CUGUUUCUCAAGGCCCCACCCAUACGCUAGAGUGAAAGGAAGUCCUUUCUUCUAACUGCAGGCUCGCACUGAAAACCUUUCUGGCUGCAGCGUUCAGGAAGCUCUGGAGAGAAGAUGUACUCCGAAGGGUUGAAGUGGUGUCUGGCUCUACAGCUUCUACUGCCUUAUUGCUUCAUGGAGACCAGCAUCCAAGGUCAAUCAGCAGAUCCAAAAUUCGUGCUCUCUGGCAGCAAUGUGAGUCUUCAAAGCUCCAAUUUGCCUGAGAACUACAAACGUCUUGAUUGGUUUUACUCUCCCGACCUGAAAAUUUUAGAAUGGGAGACCCACCAGCCUAAUCCUCACUACUUCGAUACCAAGUUUAAGCGCAGGGUCAAACUUGGUGAAAAUGGUACACUUCACAUCUGUAAUGUCCAGAAAGAAGACAGCAGCACCUACAUCCUGAAGGUGUUGUUGAAGUCUGGGUUUGAAGAGGAAAGGAGAAUCCCACUGAAAGUGUUUGAUCCUGUACCUAAGCCUGACGUAACAAUUGAGAAGACACAGGAAAUGAACAACAGCUGUGAUCUGAUCCUGUCAUGUAUGGUCCGGAAUCUGUCUGUCAGCUACACCUGGUAUGGGGACUCAGGACCCAUUUCAGAAAAGCUCCAGAGUGGUGUGCUUAAUAUCACCGUUAUACCUCAAAACUACUCCAGGUUUUACAAAUGCGAAGUCAGCAAUCCUAUGAGCCGCAACAGUAACACAGUCUACUUCAUUUCACACUGUCAACUGGCCCGAUCCUCUGGAGUAGCUUGGAUUCCAGCGUGGCUCAUGGUCAUGGUACCCACCAUUCUUGGCCUCCUACUGAUCUGAGAGAAGCUCUUCUAACUCAAGGGUGAAACUCGAAGACUGCAGGAUCUUGCCUUCAACUGCAACCAUGGUCUUAACCCGAGUAGAAGCUCUGGCUCUAUGGGAUGGAGAAAGUGUUUUGAAGCACCCAUAAAGAGUUUUAAAUUAAAUUAUUAAAAAUCAUGACUACAACCCAGCUGGCAUGGCUCCAGUGGGUACACAUCGACCUA